UCAAUCUUUUGAUUUGAUGUUAUUGAAUAAAAGUUUGAGUUAAAAAGGUCUCAUUUUUGAACAAAUUUUAAUAAUUUAGUUAAUUUUAUUAUAUUUCAAAUACUUUAUGAACUAUUAUUGAAAACUAGAAACACAAAAUGUAUUGUAAUUCUCCUAUAUAUGAAUGUGAGAGUUAUUCCUAAUGUUCUAAAAAAGUUAUUUUUUUUUUCGUGUUUGUCAGUGUUUACUCAUAUCAAAAUAGUUGUCAAAUAACUGAAUAUUUCAUUUUUAAGUAUGAAGCAGAGGGACCAAUCGAAUAGUAUCGUAUUUCCCAGUGCAAUUUGUAUCAUUAGGUUGUAAAAUGAACACACUAUGUCUUAUUUGAGUGCUUCAGAAAAUGUGGGUUUCAGUGGUAUUACCCAAAAUAUAUCAGAUGCGAGUUGUGCUACACAGUAUAAAAUGGCAGUUGAGAGUGUGUCAGGGGGCUGCGGUGGUGAAGUAAACAUGUUUAUACAUGAUAGUUCAGGGGAUGAACAAUAUAUACCGCAUCUAAGUGAAAGCUUCUUUCAUACCAAAUUUAAAAUAGAUCCUAAUGAAUUAUACACAUUUCAUGACUCUGAUGUUAUUGCCGGAGAAAUAACAGUAAGCCAUACGGAUGACAAUUUGAUAUUUCCUGACAGCACUGAUACUAAAGUAAAGAUAUCUGAAAACUUAAAUAAGGAAAUAGAUGUAUUAAACUCCAUAAGCAAUGGUGAUAUAAAAUCAGAAAAAAAAAAUGUAGUUUCUAAUGGUCAUUACUCACCAGUUUUUAACAAUGCCUCGAUUAAUCAUACAGACUCAAAAGCUAUACAUGCCAAAGUUCAAAAAGCAAAGACUCAAGUUAACACUCUGCCUAAGGUAGCAGAGAUUCGGCGACCAAGCAUUCCUAGCCCUAAAGGUCAACAUAGUUCUGGUUCAGCACCUAAUUGUCCAAAAGUCAGUAACAAUACAAGCAACAUUAAUGAAAAACUUUCAUCAGCAUCAAAAUCAAAUGCUGAAACAUUCUUAGAUGUUUUUAAGAGAGAACAAGGGCUUACAGAGAACUCAAUGACCAUUAAAACUGAACCAACUACAACACAUAUGAAAACCCCAGCACCUACACCUAAAAAACCCCCAACAGUUAAAUCUUCUCAAUCCAAACCUCGAAAAGGUAGAGGUCCAACUGUUCAUGAAGCAUUACAACGGAUACCACAACAACGUCGAGUUUUGGCUCUACCUAACUCAACAUGGCAUGCCCCAGGGGAAGAGAUGUUUCAAUGUGGUCCUCUAGAUGACAAAAAACCGAAUGCCUUCAGACAACUAGAGAGUAGCAGUAGCGAUGAUGAUAACAUGCCAGAAUUUGAAUCAGGUUCUGGGCCAGUGUGUGUUGAAGAAAGCGCGGCAGAAACUCGCGGGGCGCGACUAGCACUGCGUCGCGCUGCGAUGAGAAGACACGUAGCUAGGGCUGCUACUACACUACAGUUGAACAAAGGCCACAAGGAACAUAAAGCUUUAGCUUCAAUAAUCAAGAAACAAAUAAAUGGUAAAAAUUCGUCAUGUCGUCUUCCACCACAAACUGUCAAUCAUUUGCUUGCGAUGCGCGGCAUGACAUCUGUCUUGACGUUACAAGAUCGUAAACAACUCAGAGAGGGUGGGUGGUCUGGUGGCGAGAGUUGUCGCUCGGAAGCAAACAUAUGUACAGAUGACAAAUGCGUGCAGUCUCCACUGCCUUGCGGACGCUAUUGUCUAUCUCACGUGACUCUAGCGCCGGAGCAGCGGCUGUACGCGGCGUGUGCUGCAGUAUUCGCAGGCGGGGAGCGCUGCAAGCAACCGCUGCUUCCGCUACAGGAACAGACGCCACUUUGUACUGAGCAUGCGUGGAAGCGGGAUAAUUACGAGCUACUCAGCCGCGAGAGCAAGCCGGCCAAAGCGCCCCGCAAGCGGCCGUGGGUCCCCCCGCGCUCGCCGCGCCCGCCGCGCGCGCCCCGCCCCCCGCGCCGCCCUAAGCGACGUCGCCGGCUCGUGCCCAAGAGACCGACGCAGACGCACUCCUUAUCCGAAAUCAACGUAUGUUCCAACUCUUCCGCCUACGAUAGUUCUGAGGAUACAGCGAUUGGAGGUUUAAGUGAGAAUGAAUAUAUGACUGCGAGUAAUUCUCAUGAUCUGGAAGUGGGACACGUGCCACCGGACGACAUUUUAGAUCCAUCGGUACUAAGUCAGAUACCGGACGAAGCAUUUACGGAAUUUUUUAAUCAAACGGAAAGCGGUGCUCCAUUCGGCGAGAGCUCGGAGCUGGCGGCGGCGCUGGAGGCCGUGCUCGACGAGCGCGGCCUGGACGAGCGCGCGCUCGACAUCGCCGACGUGUUCGACGUGCAGCACAAGCACAAGAUGCAGGUACCCACAGCAGUCGGCAUGGAAAUGUCAUCGAAUGCGCCUUCAUAACAUAUUAGUAUACACGUAUUAUGCUAAGCUAAAAUAAUUCUUAUGUACUAUGUAUUUAGGAACAAAUUCGUUAUCCGUAGUCUCAAGAAGUUUUCUUCAUGCUUUAAGUUUGUGUGCGUGCAUGUCUCGUGAAGUUGUACUGUAGGUAUUGAAAAGUCGGAAAAACGAUUUGAUUGUAACGAUAAGGGAGUUCCGAUAAAUCUUUGUAGCAAUUUGUAAAUUAUUUUUAUAUUAUUCGGUGGCUUUUCCUCUUUAAUUAGCAUAGUGAUCGUUUUAAUCACAAAAUUUCGAAUUGACAUUUAAGAAAUUAACCUAAUUAGGGUGAAUUUAUCAGUAUUAAUAUUUUAAAUUUUUAUGAAUAUAUUAGUUAGUUAAAAAAAUGGCAAAUCCAUUGUACUUAAAGAUAUUUAUUGUACUAUUGAAAGCUAACGGUUUUUAUUUAAAUUUAGAUUAACUUAAAAUGCUAACCGAACAAUCUAAAAUUAUUGAUAAAUAAAAUAUAUUUUAGAGGGAGAAUUAAAAAAAAAAAUCGUUGGUUGUAUUUGUCGGUCCUCACUUAUUGUGGGUAGAAUAGAAAAAAUAGGAAGUAGGUUCAAUUGUGUAUUGAACACGGGAGCCCAUCGUGCGUUCUCUUUCUAAUUCUUCUUGUGAGAGUGAGAUAGAACUAGAAAAGUAAUACCUUAGAAGUUUGAAUUGGUAGAGUGUCGCCGUAUCGUCGUAUCGUUUUUCUGUGAUCGGUAUAUAUUGGAAAGUCGGAGAGUUCAAUCGGUUAAAUGUAUUGAAUGGAAUCCAGAGUAUGGCAUUAAUUAUUCCAGGUAUCAAAGAAAUAACUAGAUAUAGAUGCGCCCCAUAAUAUUUACGCUGUCAAAUAUUAUUUAUAUUUUUGUAAUUUCAUUUACUGGUAUGAAUGCAGUUUUGGUAUUACAUGAGGUUAUGAAGCGAAUAUUGUAUUAGUGUAUGUGGUAAUUUGCUACAGCCUUGAAUAGUUCAUUUAAUGAUGUUUUGAUUUGACGACAGAUAAAGUUGUUAUUAAAAAUAAUAUAAAAAACGCUUUUUCUGUUUUUCAAUUCUGUUUUCUACUUUAUUCGAUUUUUAAAAUGUUGUCAUAAACGUAAAAAACAGACGCUCUGUUUAUGAUUAUUAAUACGGAUUCUAAUUGUUAAUAUGAUUGUAAUGUUUUUUUUUUAAAUGAGCAAGUUUGAGGCUGCGGCAAAACGUUUAGUAUGAGAUUUAUAUUUUGUUAAAAUCUCAAUUUAGUUAAAUCCAUUAUUAUUUAUGAACCACUCUUUCAUAUUGUAUAAUAUUUCGUAGACAUAUUGCAAAUACUAUAAAUAGAAAUAGAAUUUAAACAGAACCAAAUGAAGAAAAAAAAAACAUAUUUUUGUAAAAAUGUUUAUGUUCCUAUAAUAUGAUAACUUGUGAUUCGUUGUGACCGAAGUGAGUCCGCUAUGUUUUGGUAGUAUUAAAAUUUUCAUUGGUAUAUUAUAAUUUUGUAUAAGGGAUAUAGGAAGUACAUAUUCUUCAUUCUAGUUUACACACGACCUGGUAUACACACAUUUAAAUAUUAUUCAUACAUAAUUAAAACGAGACGGGAGGUUUAAGUGCCAGAAUUAUAAUCUAUAGAAAAAUGUGGGGUUAAUUAUAAAUAUUUUUAUAUCGAAGACACAUUUUAGCCAAUUUUAUAAUCUGGAAACCCAAGAUACUGCUGUCUUAAAAUUUGAUGUUUUUUUUUUUAAUUUAUUGUUAUAAAUCAAUCCAAGUCUGUAAACGAGUAUCAAUACCGUGACGUCAAUAUGAUAUAGGUUUUAAGUAUAACAGUUAAUGAUUAGUGCAGAUGACAAUACAAUAUACAAAGCAUACCUAUACUGUGAGAUACGAAUUUUUAUGAUGGUCAUAGUCGGUGUACUUUAAAAUGUUCGCUGAAUUGAAUCGUAGUAAAUUAUAUCUUUUAUUAAUAAAAAAGAAAAGUCAGUGGGUAAGCAUAACAAUAUGUGAUAUUAUCUAUGGUUCAUAAAUCUUAAACAAUAACAUUUGUUUAUCUUUCAAUAAACGAAUAAAACAUCCUUCAUAUUAAGAAGUAUUUGUAUUCUAUGUUUGAAUACAUAAUUUUCUAUUAAAGAAUAACCGUUCAUAGACAAUAAUGACGUAUAAAUUGUAUUGGAAUCUGUACGAUGUAGAGUGACGCACGACCGCCCCAUCCGCCUCAGUAAUCGUCGCAUAGUCUUAUCGGAGACACUUAAAUCUCCAUUGCAGUACCUGUAUUCGUUUUAUAACAAUAUACAAGUAACAAUAGAUAAUAGACAUUUGUAUGUUAGUAUGUAUUUUUUACUUGCUAGUUAUUUAUUUGUUUGUACUACUUUAGAUCAAUUCGAACUGACUGCGUUUUGGGAGAUUAACAUUUAAAAUAGUAUAAGUGAACAUUAUUGCACCUUUAGUUUAAGUUUAUGUAGGAAUUGGUCAGGUUAUGUAAAACAGAUGCGAUCGAAUUUCAAAUUUUCGGUUUAUUUUUAUAUCUUUUUUAUUUUAACUUUUUUUUUAAGAUGAAGAAAUGACAAUGACCGCGUUGCAAACGUCAAGAAAGCAAUAACUAAAAUUAUUACUAGUAAUGUUGAAUAAUGUAACUUUUAACUAUUUUUUGGAUGUUUCAUACACAAAUUGAAAAAUAUAGUGAAAUUGUUUAUGGUCUUGUAUUAAAUGAUGAAUCGUUUGAAAGUAAAAUAAGUUUAAAUAAAUGCUUGCGAGUUACAAAUUCUAACAACUUGAAAUAAUACUUGAUUUGUUAUUUUUCGCUGCACAUAAUGUGGUAUGACGACAAAAUAUCGUAAACUGGUUUGCUCAUAUCUCAUGAAUAAUAUUGUGACGUUUCGAAUAACCCCCUAUUAUUUGGUAGUAGGGAUAAUUAUUGUAAAAAUUUGACGUGUCGAGUGUGAAACUUUUUUCUAUAAUUGUCUAUGGUUAGCGUGAAUCGUCAUACUAGUGAAUAUUGUUUAAGCUGUAAACGACCGCAAAAAUAAGGGGGGGGUGUAUGUUGGUUAAACUUCCUAAUUAAUCGUCAGUUCAUGAACAGCUUUAAAAAAAUACAUCAACCAUAAUCGACGUAAUAUUCUAAUAACGACGAGUAAAUUUCGAUUAAACCAAGUCACACUAUAACAAGCUAUACAUGUAUCUUAAAACGAGUGCAACGGUACAGUGAAACCUUUUCGCGUGAGAACUCUAACCCUAACGUUACAUAUUGAUACGUUAAACGUUACUCUCGCGUUCAUUAUGAUUUUUAUUGUUUACGGUCGAUUGAUAUUGUGAAGUGGCUUCCAACUGAAAUUGCAACGUUUUCGUAGAACUGAUAUAGACGAGUGUGUGUCGGUGUUUUACGAAUGUUAAUUAUGCUAAAUGUUUGAUCAAACGGAUAUCACGUUUCAAUAUUUGUCACGUAAACUCUUGAGAUACAUAUUCAGCCUCGCUUAUAUACAAAAUCAAAUAUAUUGUAGAUUAUUGAUAAGUAAAGACAUUUUUUUAAAUUAAGGUAUUUACAAGAUGAAUAUUGAAAAGUAACCGUGUGGUUCUGCAAUAAUGAUAUGUGGAUAUAAAUAAAAAAAAAACUGCUACCUCUAUGAAUGCCUGAUAUUUAUUGACGGUCUGUUGUCCGAUGCGUGUAACGUGAUGUUGAAAUUUGAAAUAAACUUAAAAUAAGAUUCAUAUUAUCUUAUUUACAUUUCAUUGUGUCCGUUGAAACCCUAUUAUUUUUUUAAUGUUAAAAUUACAAAAUUUUAGUUACUUUUUUAUAAUAUUUAAACAAUUUCGAAAAAAAUAUAAAUUUAAAAUAAUUUUACGUUCAUCAAAAUAUAUUUAGGAAACCGGCGAAACGAAUUUACUAGUUAAUCAAUAUGUAAUUUUAAUCUAAAGUAAAAUAUGAGCACAUAUUUUGUUCUAACUGUACAACAUACUCAGUACUGUAAUUAUAAACUUAUAAAAUAUUACACUACUUAACAUAUUUAAAAAACGAACUUUUUUUUAUAAAUAUUACUGAUAUUUCAAGUAAAACUUGUUAAAUAUGUAGAUUCAAUUCACCGUCAUUAUUUUCAUGCAAAUCAGAUACACGUAGUUAUAUACAUGCUAUGUAAUGAAGACUUUUAUAUAAGAUUAAUUAUACAAUGAAUUCAAUAUUCAUUUAUCUUAUUAUUUUCACAUUUUGUUUAAUUAUUGUAAAAAUUUAGUUUCGAGAACGGUGGUUUAUUUCAUCCGUCAUUAAAAAUGCAAUAUUUAAUUGAAAAUAAAACACAGGUAUAUAUUUAAAUAUAUUUUAUUAAAGGGAUUCGUUAAAUAAUACACAAGUUCCGAGGUAUACAAUAUUUAAUUGUUCAAUCGAAUCCACCAUCUUUUGAUUCUACACGGCAUUUUAAGACUUAUCUUUCAAUACCUUUGCUUAACCUGACUAAAAUUAUUUUUUAAAUAUUUUCUCAUUAAGUAAUGUUAUUAUGAUUAAAUUCACUGUAAAAUAUAAAGUUUAAUUAUAUUCAUCAAUAUGAGAAAAUAUUGUUUGUUUUGUGUAAAAUAAAACAUUGUUGUCUCUGGACGUUUCUACUUCCGUAAUAUAAGAGGAGUUUGGUAUUUCGAAGUAACCUAGAUUGCCUAUUUUUUUAAUAAUAAUUAAAUCGCAUUUUUAGUUGUAACUCUUGUACAAUAUGUAAUUUGAAUAUGGGAUAUCAUUUUCUUAACUUGUAAUUUAUGUGUAGUGGAAUAAAUAAACAUUUUACUGUAUA